CACCUGCCGCUGUGGCACAGAACCCAAACACGGUGCACGGCCGCUAGCUAACGGAUUGUAGUGCAGAAAGGGACACAGGCCCGGCUUUAGGAGGAUUAAUUGCUUUUAAAGUAAUAUAUAGCAUAUCUCUUUGUUGUUGCGCAGCUGUUGUGUUGUCACGGAGGGAGACCCGAGUUGUCUCGUCAUCUUUGUGAAAACUGACAAUAAGGUUAUGCCAUAAUAGUGAAGUGCCGUUCACUAGCCUAGCUUAGCUCCGCAUCGUCUCUGUACCGCAGGGCGUGAUUUAAGAGGGAAGAGGUUGGUUUGAUGAGUGUGGACACCAGACGAACGGCACCAUGAGUGCGGAGCUGGAUGCCCUGACUGUGGUGAACCAGCUGCGAGAUCUUGCUGCUGACCCUUUGAAUCGAAGAGCCAUCGUAGAAGACCAGGGCUGUCUGCCAGGUCUCAUCCUGUUUUUUGACCAUCCUAAUCCACAGGUUGUCUACUCAGCGUUAUUGGCCGUGCGCUACCUGGCAGAAUGUCGAGCCAACCGGGAGAAGAUGAAGGGCGAGCUGGGCAUGAUGCUGAGUUUGCAGAAUGUCAUGCAGAAGAGCACUUCACCUGGGGAGACCAAACUGCUGGCCUCUGAAAUCUAUGAGAUUCUGCAGUCCGCCGGUAAAGAAGAGGCCGAACAAGCCGAGGCGGCCGCCGCCUCCUGCCGACGUAAAGCCCAGUUUUUCUUGGGAUCCAAUAACAAGAGGGCCAAAACUGUAGUGCUGCACAUCGACGGGCUGGACGACUCGACCCGGAGGAGCCUGUGUGAGGAGGCUUUGCUCAAGAUUCGAGGAGUCAUCAGUUUCACCUUCCAGAUGGCCGUCAAGAGAUGUGUAGUCAGGAUCCGCUCGGACCUCAAAGCCGAGGCGCUGGGAACAGCAAUUAAUUCCACCAAAGUAAUGAAGGCUCAGCAGGUGGUGAAGACGGAGAAUGGAGGAGAGUUGAUGGUGCCAUUCCAGGAGGACUCAGCAGUGCUGGUAGAGGAAAACACAGACAUCCCGGACUACCUGCCCGAGGACGAGAGCCCGUCCCAGGAGCAGGAUAAGGCCGUCACGCGCGUGGGAUCGAUCACAGACGGCAUGGGCUGGCUCAGCACGGCCGCCAACUUCCUGACACGCUCCUUCUACUGGUGACGACCUCCCACCGUCCCCUCUCCGCGCUCCCGUCUCCUCAACGAUACAAUCCAGCUGCAGCCUUAGCUUCUCACAGCCUAGUCCUGGACUGAACCCUGCCUCACGGGCCUACAAUAGCCCAGAGUCCUUCACUCUGUGAGGCGCACAGAGCACGGCCGCGCGUGUGCAACAAGUGCUGGACUGCCGAGCGAAACCUGCAAUAACUUCAAACUGUGUGUGUGUGUGUGUGUGUGUGCGCGCGCGCGUGUGUGUGUGUGUAUAUAACGAACAACGAACCCACUGCUGGCUGUAUGUGCACAACCAUAUACUAGCUACAUGUGUAUCUCAACAGACGUAAAGAAGGGAGUUCAACAACCGAAACCAAAUAACUCGCCACUGACGUGUACGACCGUGCAGACCGAGCGCUUAACGAAGCUGGUAAAAAUGACCAGAUUCUUAUUUUGGUGCAUGAUUUUGGUGUCCGUUUUUUAUUUUUUUUUUUUUUCUCCUGCGUCAGUUGAUUUUAAUCGAUCUUCAACUUGAAAUUUUAUAAUUUCAUAAUUUUUUUUUUGCCUCUUCUUUUUCCUAAUUCCCCCUUUAUUUUUCUCCAGCAUGCUGUUAUGCUUUUGUGCCAAUUUGCCCAAUGCCUACAUCUGUGAUUAUUGUGCGUGCCUUUUUUUUUUUUUUUUUGUUUUUUUUUUGACAUUUCACCGUAAUUAUUUAUUCAUUGAUCAUCGAAUGAUUUUUGUCGCGAGCUCCGAGCAUGUUUGAUGUCUGUCCUCAGCUUUGUAAACUCGCUGAAAGGUUCAGUAGAAAUAGCAGAAAGACACCAGCAAGAGGCUGCAGCGCACUCGCCCACUGGUUCACGUGUUAGAGGACUGCGUUGAAAUCUGACAAAGCAACUUAAAAUUGGCUUGUUAGCUGAUUACUUUUUGCACAAUUCUGUAACGUGUAGAGUUGCGUUAGUUGAAUAUCUUCUUGCCUGCAACGUCAUAAUCAUGCAGUAAUAAUCCAGUGUGAGCUCUGUGUCGGCCGUGAACGGUCGGGCGGCUCCCUUCGCGGAUUGCACAGAUUUUAGGCUACCUCUGCUUUCAGCCUCCUGUCUCUCAUCAGCAUCACCGUAGUUUUAGUCAAAGCUCUAGGUCAGCAUGGGAAAGACAAAACCAGUUAGCGGCCUGCUUGUCCAGUGUUUCCCAGUGUUACAAGGAGUCUCAACGACAUUUGUACAGUAUUGUAGCCGCUCCUGAACACGUAGGUUAAAAUUCAGUUUAGCCAGCAGUGUCCUUAAAGCAUUUCCUGUCCGUUCGGUGCACAUGCAACCGCACAGAGGACUGAACUGCACGAGCAGUGUUGAUUAUGCCGUAACUAGGAUGUGGUUCAAGCUUGUAAAUGGUGCCUGGUUCCCAAAAAAACGUCACGCGUGAAGGAUGUUUUGUUCUGCUCUUUUACUGGUUUGCAUCUUAGAUCCCAAACUAGCGUACGGAAGUUGUAGCAGCUGACGCCAUGUCUCUCUGCGAGGGGUUUUUCUUUUACUUUAGUACCUAACAUCCCGUGACUCAUUCCAGGUUUUAAUUAUUGUGACAUGUGUGAGUGUCAGACAAUUAUUACACACACUGCUGACCAGGCGACCUUUAUUCCUUUGAUUGUGCGGAGACGUCACUCUUGGUUGGAGUCAAACGGAGGAAUGGCCCAGAAUAACCUGAAUAACAUGAACUGGUGCCGGUCGUCCUCUCAAAAUAGCAAUAAUCAUUUUAAAUGUUGUCAUCAUAGCUCAGCAUCAGCCAGUGAAAUAGUGUUUCUAAACAGAAAGGUGUUAUUAUUCUAGUAUUAUUUCUUUGUGUUUUGUCCAUUUCUCAGCGUUAGGAGUCCUUCUGUUGCAUCGUUUUAGGCUCAUUUUAAUAUUUGUUUUCUCAGUGCAUACUGGAAAGAAGUACUUGAACAUUGUUCAGACCCGUCCUAAUGUAUGAAUCGGUGUGUAAAUUCCCAUUACGUUUUGAUCCAUAACAUCUUGAGCGUCACACAGCAGAGGUCUUUAGACUAGAUCCUCCAAAAAAAAAAAAAGUAACUUCACAUGUACAGCGUGUCAGCAGAUGUAAAAUAAUGUAUGCAAAUC